AUGCUGGUGGUAGCCGUGCUCUUCCCCUGUUGGGAGGUUUUGGACGUGCAGGGCCCGUUCUCCGUCUUGGCGAAGGUUGCCGCUGUCUCCGAGAGUUCUGAGCAAUAUGCCUUUGCCUGGGUCGGGGAGCAAACCAAGGAACCCAUUCCCUCGUCCGCCCACUUUCCGGUCCUCGCUGACUACGAUUGGGACUCUUGUCCGCAGGCCGACGUCUUACUGAUACCUGGCGGCCCAGGAAGCUUGACAGCCGCGUUUGACCGCAAACUACUUGACUUUGUACGGAGGCAGAGCAAGACCGCUCGUCGGGUGGCUAGUAUCUGCACUGGAUCGUCCAUCUUGGCCGAAGCUGGCCUCCUGGACGGGCGGAGAGCCACUUCAAACAAAGCCGUGUUCGGCUUGCAAACCCAGUCGGUGACAUGGAUACGAGACGCUCGCUAUGUGACCGAUGGAAAGUUUACCACCGCUAGCGGUGUCUCUGCUGGCUUGGACAUAGGAUUUGACCUUGCAAAAGAGUUGUUCAGCGCUGUCCAAGCCGAUAAGGUCGCAGGUCUCGUCGGAUACGUCCCACUUUCAGACGGCGAUGACCCGUUUGCGACACUGCAUAAGCCUACGGGUAUGAUGGGGGCUCUCUCAACUUCGAAUAUCGUCGAAUCCGUCUUAUGA